AUGGCCGCAACUGUAGCAAAAGAUCCGCUGGAUGUCCUCCAGGCCAUGUUCAACGAAGUCCUUGUACAAACAGGCAAAGCUAUCAAGGCAUCUCAUAAGGAUGGGGCUCGCAGUGGAGUCAGCGCGGGCGCAGCGCUGCGCACAAAAUUGCCCGAGACAAUGAAGACGUACCACUACGCUUUAGAUGACCUUGAGAGCGAAAUUACACGAGCGAAGGCAGUUCUGUUACGGGAUUUGGGAAAGCUGCAAGUAGCUCGGGCUCCUGUGUCUGUUCCGUCUCCUGUUGCUCCGCCUGCCCCCAUGGUUCCGGAACCUCGACAACCGGCUGCUAUGAUGAUGGAAACGCCUUCGGCAGCAUCACAUACGGUCAAUACCAAUGUGAACUUCAAGGCUAUUAAAGAAGAGAGCAAACGAGCGCCAUUUCCGGACAUGGGUAUGGACGUCGUUGACCUAUCAUCUCACACAAAUGCGCCCUCUGCUUCACCACAGCCUCCUAAUGGCAACAUUAAGCCUUCACAAGAACCGCAUGCAAUUACUCCUGUCAAACAGUCACCAAAGCCAGCUACUGCCAUCAAAUCUUCGCCGGCUCCUCCUCAGCCAGCCGCAGUUGGCUCUACGGCCCAAAAGGUAGCCUCUCCUCCACAGCAGCUGCCUAUAACCCAAACAGCACAAGAUAGCUCCCUCAAUGAUAUGCUAUCUUUAUCUCCUGCAGGUGGUGCAGCAACGGCAGAUAUGACAGGUGGCGAACUCAAUUUUACUAACAUGGAAUUCACCCUGGCACCACCGUCCGACGGGCAGUCGCAAAACGCUCCUCCGGCUCCCAUGCAGGACUUCGACUUGUCUGCCUUCACGACACAGGAUGGAGAAGACGAUCUACUAAACUUGGAUAAUCUUGACGGUGGCGGUCCUUCAACCGACCCAGCGCCAGCUGAUGCAACUGUAGGAGCAGAAUCAAAGACUACCGACAAUACCGCCCCAGCCACCAAUAUUGAUCCCAUGUAUGACCUCAGCAAUAUUGGGAAUGGCAAUAUCGAUGCUAUGGACCUGGAUCUGAAUCUGGAAGUCGACGGUGAAAAUAAUGACAGCACUUUCAACGAUCUAUUCUAUGAAGAUGCCGAUACAGAUAUGGGGCAAUUCAAUGAUGCAUAUUUUGGGCUUGAAUAA